AUGUUUCAGACGUGCACAGGUGUGUCAAUUCUCGCGUUACACGCACAAAUCGGCCUGUACGAGGAGGAGCGGGUAAAAGCUGUACCAGCAAUUGGACGAGAAGAACGACGAGAUCCAGAAGGUGUCGCAGGAGCUCGAGAAGCUCCGACAACAGGUGCUUCUGCAAGAGGAGGCACUGCAGACGAUGCGCGAGAACGAGGAGAUCAUCCGCGAAGAGAACUCGCGCAUUCAGAGAGAGGCCGACGACAAGCAGCAGGAGGGCAAGGAGAUGAUGACGAAGAACAGGGCGAAGAACAGUCACGAAACUUCCCACUCUUGAUGCAAGCAGUGACUGCCACUUUUCGAAGUGUCAGUCAUUAGGAUCUGAUAGAGUAGGAGGGAGGCGCAUUUCGCCGAGCACUUUGUGAGUUUGCAAGCAGAAUAAGAACCAUAACAAUUGAAUGUUUCAGACGUGCACAGGUGUGUCAAUUCUCGCGUUACACGCACAAAUCGGCCUGUACGAGGAGGAGCGGGUAAAGCUGUACCAGCAAUUGGACGAGAAGAACGACGAGAUCCAGAAGGUGUCGCAGGAGCUCGAGAAGCUCCGACAACAGGUGCUUCUGCAAGAGGAGGCACUGCAGACGAUGCGCGAGAACGAGGAGAUCAUCCGCGAAGAGAACUCGCGCAUUCAGAGAGAGGCCGACGACAAGCAGCAGGAGGGCAAGGAGAUGAUGACGAAGAACAGGGCGAAGAACAGUCACGAAACUUCCCACUCUUGAUGCAAGCAGUGACUGCCACUUUUCGAAGUGUCAGUCAUUAGGAUCUGAUAGAGUAGGAGGGAGGCGCAUUUCGCCGAGCACUUUGUGAGUUUGCAAGCAGAAUAAGAACCAUAACAAUUGAAUGUUUCAGACGUGCACAGGUGUGUCAAUUCUCGCGUUACACGCACAAAUCGGCCUGUACGAGGAGGAGCGGGUAAAGCUGUACCAGCAAUUGGACGAGAAGAACGACGAGAUCCAGAAGGUGUCGCAGGAGCUCGAGAAGCUCCGACAACAGGUGCUUCUGCAAGAGGAGGCACUGCAGACGAUGCGCGAGAACGAGGAGAUCAUCCGCGAAGAGAACUCGCGCAUUCAGAGAGAGGCCGACGACAAGCAGCAGGAGGGCAAGGAGAUGAUGACGAAGAACAGGGCGAAGAACAGUCACGAAACUUCCCACUCUUGAUGCAAGCAGUGACUGCCACUUUUCGAAGUGUCAGUCAUUAGGAUCUGAUAGAGUAGGAGGGAGGCGCAUUCCGCCGAGCACUUUGUGAGUUUGCAAGCAGUAUAAGAACCAUAACAAUUGAAUGUUUCAGACGUGCACAGGUGUGUCAAUUCUCGCGUUACACGAACAAAUCGGCCUGUACGAGGAGGAGCGGGUAAAGCUGUACCAGCAAUUGGACGAGAAGGACGACGAGAUCCAGUCUUUUUUCUGCAUGUGCUCGCUUCCAUUUCUUUUUUCUAUCAAUUUCAGCACAAUUUUGUCACCUCCCGAAAAAAGCGUAAUUUCGCCCGAAAAAAUGAUGUUAUUUUGGUUUUCUUGUAUUUCCCAGUAACUUUUGUGUGUUCCUCUUUUAAUAAACGACUGCUGUUCUCUUUAUUGAGCACUCACAACGCAUGGUUUCCCUUUGAAAAUGAGCUUAACACAUUCAACAACAAAACGAAUAAUUGGCGAAUGGGUCUCGAAACGAUCCGACUGUAGAUACGUUCAGAACUCCCGCCAUAAAAAUUUCUGUUCAUGCAUUGUUUCUCUGCACUUUGAGCAAUAAAAUGAACGUUGAACAUAUUUUUCGCCAUGAUUUUCGUGUUCCGUAAAUUAUUCGUCUGUAUUAGAAGUGCGGUAACCGAAAAUGUGUGUGUUUCACUCGUAAUCGUCCAAAUCGAUUUUCCGCAAGUUAUUGACACGUUUGAAUGAGUUUAUGCCGGCGAUGAUGAUACUUUGCUCUUUGAAUAUUUAAACUGUUAUUUUUCAGAGUGCUCCGCUUUCGCCAAAUCUGAUUACGCCAUCGACGAUCGUGCAAGUCGAAAAGAUAAUUGUGGUCACCUCGGGACAAAAAGUGAGGUUUUCUUCACUAGAAAUCAUUAAAAUAUUGAUUUUUCAGCGUUCGAAUCGGCGUGAUGGACUGGAAUAA